AUGUUCACAUUACCUACACUUGAGUAUCCAUAUGAUGCGCUUGAACCUGUGAUUGACCAAGAUACAAUGCGGAUCCACCAUACAAAGCAUCACCAGGCAUACAUUACUAAUCUGCAGAAGGUUCUUGCCAACAAUGAUCUUGAGGAAGCAGAACUGAUGCACUAUGUCAAGAACAGUCGUGGAAUCAAAAGUGUCCGUACAAGCAUAAGGAAGUCGAUAGGCAACUUUGCAGGAGGACACUACAACCACAGUUUGUUCUGGAGAAUGAUGUGCCCGCCUGGUACAAGCAAACCCAUAAGCCAUGCGCUUAGUGAGAUGAUUAAGAAAUCAUUUGGGUCACAUGAAAGCAUGAUUGAGCUGUUUAAUGAGAAUUCAGCAUCGCUUUUUGGAUCUGGAUGGGUGUGGCUUUGCUACAGACCAGAAGAAGAUGGGCUUGUAGUGAGGAAAACAUACAACCAAGAUACAAUAUGCAUGAGCAACUCGAGGAUGAUCCCAAUACUUGGACUGGAUGUGUGGGAACAUGCAUACUAUUUGAAGUACAGAAGCUCGAGGAUUGAGUACAUAAAGAAUUGGUGGAAUGUUGUGAAUUGGGGAUUUGUCAACAGACUGUUUGAACAGACUGUUCUGAAUGACAAGAGAAUGAUUGUUGAAUCAGAUGGUUCUAUUAAAUUUGUUUGA